AUGAGAAAUACAGGAGUAGUAGCGUUUAAGAGGGUAAAAAGAUGCAUUCAUACAUCCACCACACUGGAUAAUUUUGAAAAGCCCCAGAGAUUUUUGGUGAUCCCCCCAAAGCCGACAGUGCUGGUGGUAGCUGUGCUAAUUGCAACGGCGACCUUCACAAGUGUACUUAGCCCCCCUGGAAGGGUACGCGGUGGUGACUUCAACCUCCUUACGGAUGGCGGUAAUUUCAACGCCACGGUUACGUCCACCAACAACCUAUUUGCUGCUGACACCAGUUUUUUCAACGCCACCUUAUUCAUUCCCACUGACAAUCCUGUCAAACGACUUCUGUUUGAUCCAAAAGAUUUGGAAUAUGGUUUCACCUUUGACCUUUUUGACGGAUUAAACACAGUUGCCUUUGUUCUCUCGGCGGCGAUGAUAAUGUUUGUCCUCCCAGGAAGACCCAUAUUUUUGCUUCUGCAUGUGGCUCUUUCUUUUACGAUGAUGAGCUAUGGGACUUCAUUUUACCUCAUAUCACAGUCGUAUGGUUACUGUGCGAUGUAUGCAACUGCAUCCGCACUUUGUACGUUGCUGAUUUAUAUCUGUAGGUUUACGACGUUUGUAAUUGAAGAUAUCGCCAAGGGAGACACGAGAGCUCCCUUCUUCUUCUUGUUGUCAGAGCUUCAAGGGGUUCAACGCCUUCUGAUGCUGAAUAAUUUGUUAGGCAAUAUUAAUUGAGUGAUCGGUCCAAAU